AUGAUACCCAGAAGGCCCACGGCCAUUCAGCUAAGCGACGACGAGCUCGCGGCGAUAAUUACGGGCAUUCGCCCUCACCUGCUGCCGCAGCUGCAGCAGCACCAGCAGCAGCGGCUGCAGCAGCAGCAACAGCAGCGGCUGCAGCAGCAGCAAGAGCAGCAACCAAGCGGACGGAGGACAGGAGACGAGGAAGUGCAGUGGGAGCCGACGCUGCAGCAGCACCAGCAGCAGCAGCAGCAGGCGCAGGAAGGCAGGACCUUCACCCCGCUCGAGCAGCAGCAGCAACAGCAGCACCAGCAGCAGCAGCCGCAAGACCAGCAGCAGCAGCAGCAGCAGCAGCAACAGUAG